CGUUAAUUAGCCUUCAUAUAUACUUCCGCGUUAACUUGCACAUAUAUUCGUUGAUCAAAACCCUCUUUUUUCUGCAACAAUAUUCCCUACGAAUUCUUCUUCUUCUUCUUCUUUCGCCGGAAUCAAUCAAUCAAUCGAUCGACCGAUCAACCAAUCAAUCGCCAUGAGUUUCCUUUUCGGAAAGAAGAAGACUCCCGCAGAGCUUCUGCGGGAAAAUAAGAGAAUGCUUGAUAAAUCUAUACGGGAAAUUGAGAGGGAGAGACAGGGUUUACAAACCCAAGAAAAGAAGCUUAUUGCAGAGAUAAAGAAAAGCGCCAAGCAAGGACAGAUGGGAGCUGUUAAGGUGAUGGCCAAAGAUCUUAUCAGAACACGACAUCAGAUUGAAAAGUUUUACAAGCUGAAAUCUCAACUUCAAGGAGUAUCCCUCAGAAUUCAGACAUUGAAAUCGACGCAAGCAAUGGGGGAGGCAAUGAAAGGUGUCACUAAGGCAAUGGGACAAAUGAAUAGGCAGAUGAACCUGCCAUCACUGCAAAAGAUAAUGCAAGAAUUUGAGAUGCAGAACGAGAAAAUGGAACUAACCAGUGAGGUAAUGGGAGAUGCCAUUGACGAUGCUUUGGAAGGAGACGAGGAAGAAGAAGAGACCGAAGAGUUGGUCAGUCAGGUUCUUGAUGAGAUUGGCAUCACCAUUAACUCAGAGCUUGUUAACGCACCUUCCUCGGCUGUAGCUGCACCAGCUGACAAGAAUAAGGCUCCACAGGCUGAGGCGACUGGAAAUGACGGUGGUGGGAUAGACAGUGAUCUCCAGGCCAGGUUAGACAAUUUGAGGAAGAUGUAAUUGACAUGUAAUAUAUAUUCUUCUGGUGCGACCAGACUUAUGUUGUGUGGCUUUGUAACAUUUGCGAAAAUACUUAAAAAUUACGUGGUUUGGUACAGCUUAAUUUAAUCAAUGAGAUUUGCUAUUAAUGCGAGA